AUGUCACCUUUCCAGGGCCUCCGAGGCAAUCGUCUCAACUAUGUGGCUCUGAUUGGCGUGGUCAUGCCUGCCAUGAUAUCACUCGGCUACAAUCAGGGCUUACUGGGAGGUGUUUUGACCAUGGACUGGUUCCAGGAGCAAUUUCCACAAAUCGAUGUCAAUGAUGCACUCCCUGCUGAAAGACAUCGCAAAUCAACCCUGCAGGGCACGGUUGUGGCAUUGUAUGCGGCAGGGGGACUAUUAGGCGCUCUCGCUUGUAUUGGAAUUGGUGAUACCAUUGGGCGCCGGCGUACCAUCCGAAUUGCCACGGUCAUUCACAUGAUUGGGGCUUUCCUUGGAGCCAGCUCCUUCAACCUCGCUCAGCUUGUGGCGUCGCGCGUUAUACUUGGACUUGGUUGUGGCGGUCAGCUGGCGACCGUCCCUAUCUGGCAGUCCGAGAUAUCGCCAGCGAAAAAGAGAGGUGCACAUGUUGGAAUGACUGGUGUUUUCAUCGGGUUGGGCCUAACUUUGGCUCUGCUUAUGGAUCUUGGUAUGUCAUUUGUCGAUAGGAGUGUGAGCUGGCGACUCCCACUUGCGUUGCCAAUCGUGCUUUGCAUCCCAAUUCUCAUGUUAACUUCUCGGCUGCCCGAGUCGCCUCGUUGGCUGGUCCAGCGAGGUCAAUUUUCCGAGGCCCGUGAAGUUAUUGCACGGUUCAGACAUACAUCGCCAGACACUGAAGUGGUAGAGAAGGAGAUACAGGAUGUACUCGCCUCAUUAGCCAUCGCUGGCGAAGGCUCCUUCGCUCGAGUAUUUCAGAUGGGGCAUCAACGAGUACUUCAUCGCGCCUCACUUGCAGUAGGAGGACUGGUGCUUCUGCAGCUGACAGGAAUCAACUGUAUCACAUUUUACAGUACAACCCUUUUCCAAACACAUCUACAUCUCAAUCCCCUCACUUCCAGGAUUCUUGGUGCAGGAUUCCAAUUAUCUGGCACCGUUGGAGGCGUUGUUUGUGCCUUCACCAUAGACGGGUUCGGUCGCCGAUUCCUCAUGUUACUGAGCGCGAUAGCCAACACCGUCUGCAUGAUUCUCGUGGCUGGUUUGAGCUCUCCCCCAACCAACGCUGCCUCAAAUGCUGCGGUGGCAUUUAUGUUCAUUUUUCAUUUCAGUGUCAAUGUUGGUUUUGGCGGAAUUCCGUUCCUCUAUGCCUCGGAGGUCGCGCCUCUUAGUCUACGUACCACCAUCACCGGGAUCAGUUCUGCCAUCUGGUGGGGUCUCAGUGUGCUCAUUGCUCUGGUCACUCCUAUUGCUUUCAACGCUAUUGAAUGGAAGUACUUCAUAAUAUUCGCCGCUCUGAAUGCAGGGAUAAUACCUGUUAUAUACUACAUCUUCCCGGAGACUGCUGGUCUGACUCUGGAAGAUGUAGAUGAGGUCUUCAUCACGUCGUCGGGGGUCUUCGAUUCUGUCCGUGUGGCGAAACGGAUGAAACAAACGUCGGGCAAAGCUCGGGCCCAGGAGAAUACUGAGGCAGAGAAAGGAAAGGGGCGAGCGCCGAUGGCGUGCGAAUCGGAAUAA